UUGUCCAGCUCAAUUUCUGUGAUAGGACAUCGAUAUUUUAGCACGAGUUUGUCGGACGAGGAAAAAGCGGACUGCUUCUAUCGCGGCGGCUUCUACAAUUGGUUCGAACGAGGUCCAAAUAGCUCCUUCCUUUUGCCGGCUUUUCCCGGAUUCGAAACUGUUGACGGAAAAAGGUGCACUGAAGAAGGACGAUACUGCAAGAGGGGAAUAGAAUUGGAUUUCUGGAGCCCUUGCAACGAAAGCACUGAAAUACACGCCGGACAGACCUACCAUCGUGGUUGUUAUUUUGGCAGGGGAGCCCUGCAGUUGUCAUGGAACUAUAAUUACGGUCUAUUUCAACAGUUUCUCCUAUCUAAAGGAAUCAAAGUCGAUCUGAUCAAUAACCCGAACUUGGUAGUCACUAAGAUGGAUCCCCCACUCGCUAUGUUGGCCAGCCUAUGGUUUUAUAUGACGCCACAACCACCGAAACCUUCGAUGCAUAGCAUUGUGGUAGGUGACUGGCGACAGUCAGAGAAGAACAGACGUGCCGGAUUCAGCGGUCCUAUUUUCGGUCCAACCAGUCUUGUGAUUAACAAUGAAUGCGGUGGUGAAGAUCCUGAAGAA